UUGUAAAGCAUCAUCGGUGUACGUAAAUACACUAAACUCUACCGAGGCAUUUAUAUAUCACCAACACACAAGUGCUUACCUCCCGUACUCUAUUCAUUAGCAUUACAUACACCAAACACUCAAUAUACAAUAUACAUUGCGUGUUGGUUAGUUAUUUUCUUCACCGUACUCACGUACUUUUAUUACACUAUUUUUCCAACACCCAAUACAAGUGCGAUACAAUAAAUAUCAGUCAUAACAAAAAAUGAUAAUUAAAAUCAUUGAAUAGCCAUAACAAUGACAGUGUGGAGAAAAAAAGACGGCUACAAUGCCGUAGCUAUUUAUAAUUAUUGGCACCAUGGAGAUCGGAGUCUUAAUUUAACUGUAGGGGACGUAAUAGAAAUAAUUGGUGAAUGUGAUAAUUGGUACUAUGGUAGAAAUAAGCACAAGGGAUCCAAGGGUAUGUUUCCUAAAUCGUAUACACACAUACUAUUACAGCCUGUUAAUUCUGAUGUAUUGAUGCAUGAAAUAACAAGUGUAUUACGAGAAUGGGGACAUCAUUGGAAACAUUUAUAUGUUAUAAACUCGUCAAACUUUGGUGCAAUUCAACAGCAAAUACUCGAAUUGAUUGGCUUCAGAAGCAAAAUUUUAAGCGGGACGUUGACAGUCGACGAGCUAAAGGAUGUCAAGCGAUUGGCUACGGCUUGCAUAGACGCGGGCAAUCAACUCUUGGGUCUGGACAUGGUAGUGAGAGAUAACCAGGGAAAUAUCUUGGACCCCGAGAAAACUAGCACCGUCCAGUUGUACUACCACCACCAGAUCGCGUCCGAAAGAAUCCGGACGACGACAACCGACACCAAGAAGAAGUCAUUGAAACCUCAAGUACCUGUCUAUUCUCAUGUAUUCUUCGUAAGUGUACGUAAUUUCGUCUGUAAGAUGACUGAAGACGUUGAGCUGCUUCUGACGCUCUAUGAUAGCAAAGAGGGAAAGGCUAUCGCUGAAAACUACGUCGUCUCCUGGAGCAAAGAAGGCUUGGCGCGUGAUAUAGACCAGCUGCACAAUCUCCGGGUCUUAUUCACUGACCUUGGUUCCAGGGAUUUGACGCGUGACAAAGUUUAUCUAGUUUGCUACGUCAUUCGGGUCGGCGGCAUGGAUCCCAAAGAAAUAGAUCAUCGAAGGUCUAGUGUUGUACAAGCUAGUACUAAAAGUAAAAAUUAUGCGGAUAGUAUGCGGAGACCUUUUGGCGUCGCUGCUAUGGAUAUUACCUUGUACAUCACUGGAAAGCUUGAAGGAGAUGUUGAGCAUCAUCAUUUCAUUCCUUUUGUUCAAUGUUGUGAGAAAGAAAGUUUGGAUGGAACUCUCAGAAGAAUUCUCGCUCAGAAAGACACGAGUGUACAAAAAAAUAGCGGUAAUAGUAGUAAUAAUCACGUUGGAGGUCAAGGAUUAUGGGCGAGUUUAAAAUUACUGAGAGGCGAUACCAAGCAGGUACGUGAAGAAUAUCCGCAUCUAGUCCUCGGGAACGUGUCAGUCGCGCGAAAAAUGGGAUUCCCGGAAGUGAUACUACCUGGAGAUGUUCGUAAUGACUUGUACUUGACUCUAGUUAAUGGUGAGUUCAGCAAAGGCUCCAAAUCGACGGACAAAAACGUCCAAGUAACAGUGAAAGUUUGCAACGAGCACGGAGUGGCUAUUCCCGGCGUAAUUACUUUAGGAGGCGGAGCGCCGUUUAUCGAUGAGUACCGGAGUGUUAUUUACUACCACGAAGACAAGCCUCGCUGGUGUGAGACCUUCAAGAUUGCAAUUCCAAUAGAAGAAUUCAAGUUAGCGCAUCUUAAGUUCACUUUCAAGCAUCGCAGUUCCAAUGAAGCUAAAGACAAGUCCGAGAAGCCAUUCGCCUUGAGCUACGUCAGGCUGAUGCAACGUAACGGAACGACGCUUCAAGACACUAAUCACGAGUUACUCGUUUACAAACUCGACCACAAGAAGUACGAGGACAACGACACGACUUAUUUAAAACUGCCCUCAACACGUGCUGAGCUGGUUGAAUUAAACAUCGAGAAAAAACCGGUGCUGGGACCUCUGACCUUGACUUCCAAAGACACGUUUUUGAUCAGCACCAAUGUUUGCUCGACAAAGUUGACUCAAAAUGUUGACUUACUGGGUCUACUUAACAGCGCGUCGCGUCCUACCGAUCUCAAAGAAUCGCUGACUGCUUUGAUGAAAGUCGACGGCGAGGAAGUAGUUAAAUUUCUUCAGGACGUUCUUGACGCGCUUUUCAAUAUCUUGAUAAAUAAUUUCGACAAUGACCUGUAUGAUGACAUGGUUUUUGAGUGCAUUCUUUAUAUAAUUGGACUCGUUUCCGAUCGUAAGUACCAGCACUUCCAACCUGUGCUCGAUCUUUAUAUUUCCGACAGCUUCUCGGCGACACUGGCGUACAAAAAAUUAAUCGCCGUGAUGCGUAAGCGAAUUGAGAAUGCGAGCAAAGGAGAAAAAUACGACGUUCUGUUAAAAACAAUGAAGAGUUUGCAGUACUGCAUGCGUUUUAUUGUUAAAUCACGGCUACUUUUCAGCGAGUUUGAUGAAAAUCAGCAGGAGUUCUCUCAGACACUCACUGACUUCUUAAACUCUUUUGUCAACCUGAUGAGUAACGAGGCCGGAGAGAUUUUAACGGUUCAAGGCGCUUGUCUCAAAUACAUUCCUUCUACCAUUCCACAUUUACUCCAAGUCUACAGUGGGAAACAAUUAAGUUUAAUUUUAACUCAAUUGCUGGAUCAUUUACCACCUGGCAGACUUAAUAAGCAAAAAAUGAUGACUGUUAAUGACAUUAUCCACAGUCCGCUCUUUCUUGAUGUCGAAUGUCGGGGGAUUCUGUUGCCGAAAAUUGUUAAACUUGUAAGAGACCUCCUCGAAGCCAAAGAAGAGGGACUGUCAGGUACGCCUGGGAAAAGUGUAGCGAAGGUAGCCAGACUUCUAGGCGAAAACCGUCACCGUCUCAAUCAACAACGCGGUUAUUCUGAAGAGGUUGAGCUGUGCGUUAAAAUUCUAUCAGACAUCCUAGAACUGACAUUUCGGAAAGACAUAGGCUCCACUGUGUCCGACAUAAAAGAAAUAAUGUUAAUAUCUCUGAGAACAGUAAUACAGACAGUGAUAUCAAUGGACCGAGAAGAUCCUCUGGUGGGGCACUUGGUAUCGGUGAUGCUUUCAAUAUUCCGACAAAUGACUGAGGGUCAUUUUAAAAUUUACACCGACCAUUUUGUCACUCGUUUUGAUUUACUGGACUUUCUAAUGGAAAUUCUUUUGGUAUUUAAAGACCUCGUAUCGAGAAGCGUUUUUUCGCCAGACUGGAGCGAGAUGAUAAUGCUUCAAAACAGUGUAAUUUUAAAAUCAUUGAGGAUAUUUUCUGGCACUAUAUGGGACUUUUUCUUCGAGGAAUUUGAGCAUCAAGCCUGGUCAAAUUUUUUCCACUGUGCCAUUGCAUUUCUUACGCAACCAUCGCUUCAAUUGGAAACUUUAACUACCGCUAAACGUAAUCGGGUUGUAUCACGUUACAACGACAUGCGCAGAGAAAUGGCUUUCGAGAUCCGAUCAAUGUGGUUCAAAUUAGGACAGCACAAAUUUCUCUUCGUUCCAAAUUUAGUCGGGCCAAUUUUAGAGAUGACUCUUAUUCCCGAAACUGAAUUGCGUAAAGUAACAAUUCCAAUAUUUUUCGAUAUGAUGCAGUGCGAAUUUAACAGCUCUCGGAUAACCGAAGGCUACGGUGACACCAAGCGUAACCCGUCUCACAGAAAAGAGAACUUCACCGAGUAUGAGAACGAGAUGAUUGCCCAAUUGGAUGUUCUAAUAGAAGGGGGACGAGGUGAUGAGCAGUUCCGUUUGCUCUGGAUCCAAGUAAUGGAAAUGCAUUGCGAGAACCACGCGACAAUGCGUGAACAAGGUCUGCGAUUUGUCAACAUUGUCGCUAAUUUAAUUCAACGAUUACUGCAGUACCGUGACAUUAUCAACACUGAAUCUCAAGAGCACCGGAUGAUGUGUACAGUUAACCUCCUAGAUUUUUACUCAGAAAUAAACAGGAAAGAAAUGUACAUAAGAUACGUCAAUAAAUUGUGUGAACUUCAUUUAGAAUGUGACAAUUAUACCGAGGCUGCGUACACACUAAAGCUACACAGUUUAUUGCUCGACUGGAGUGACCAACCUCUGUCGUCUCUCCUGCGCUCUAACAGAUACCCCGCGUGUCAAACUCACCGAGAGCUCAAAGAAGCUCUUUACAAUGACAUGAUAAUUUAUUUCGACAAAGGAAAAAUGUGGGAAUGUGCUCUAGGUGUUUGCAAGGAAUUAAUAAAACAAUACGAAGAAGUAACUUACGAUUAUUUGCAACUAUCCCAACUAUUGAAGCGCAUGGCCAAGUUUUACGACUCAAUUGUUAAACAAUUGCGCCCGGAGCCUGAGUACUUCCGUGUGGCUUAUUACGGUCGUGGACAUCCUCCAUUUUUGCAAAACAAAGUAUUUAUUUAUCGAGGUAAAGAGUAUGAACGUCUGAGCGAUUUUUGCUCCCGAACUUUGAACCAACUAUCAAACGCAGAGCAGAUGAACAAAUUGUCCCCGCCGACUCAAGAAAUGUGCGAGUCAAAUCGGCAGUACGUCCAAAUAAAUAAAGUUGAGCCUAUCAUGGACGAGAAGAGACAUCGAUUAAGUGGCAAGCCUAUCACAGCGGAAGCUGUUUUACGUUACCAUCGGGUAAAUGACGUCAAGCGGUUCAGGUUUUCAAGACCUGCACCAAAGAAAGAAUUAAGAGAGUCUAUAACUUCGUCUACUUUGUCUUUGUCCAAGUCUUACGAAGAAUUUAUCAAAGAAGAGGUUGACAAUAAUGAUAAGUCUAUUAAUAGUAAUAGUAAUGGUAUUAGUAAAAAUAAUGACAAUAAUAAUAAUAGUAAUAGUAAUAACGAUGACAAAAAUGAAUUUGCUUCUUUGUGGUUGGAACGUACUGUUCUAGAAACAAAUUCAUCAUUGCCAAAUGUUCUACGAUGGUGCCCGGUUAUUUCUAGUGAAACUUAUCUAGUAAGUCCUCUUUGCAACGCCAUUGAAACGAUGGAAGCUACCAACGCGGCGUUGCGUAAUUUGAUAAUUGUCCAGCAAGCUGAUCCGAGUUUGCCACUGACUCAGCUUAGCAUGAAGCUCAAUGGGAUUCUCGACCCAGCAGUCAUGGGCGGUGUUAAUAAAUACGAGGAAGCUUUUUUGAAUCCUACUUAUAGAGAAGCUCAUCCUCAAGCCAGUUCGGAUUUGUUGAAGCUAUCAAAUUUAAUUGCAGAGCAAAUUCCAUUGCUGGCUAUUGGGGUCCAGCUGCAUCGAGCUAGAGCUCCGCAGGAGUUGAACCCUUUUCAUCAGAGGCUCGAGCAGUGUUUUAGUAACAUGCGAGCGCAAGUUGAAGCCAAGUAUGGCAAGCGGACUUGUGAUCUGCAGAUCGAGACUCUGACUCAGUCUGUGACGAUGCGAAAGCAGCUACGGAAACAUGAGUCGCACUCGAGGCUUUCUGAGACUAGUGUAGUAAGCACGGAGACUGGGUCAGUGCGGUCGCAUAUUUUGUCAACUGCUUCCCUGCAAAAAGCCCUGGUAGGAGGAACUAGUACUACCAAAAAAAAAGACGCUAAAAGAAGGAGCGCGAGGAAGAGCGACUCUGCUAAUUUAGUCAAGCAAGAUCUGUCGACGAGCCAGUGGUACACCACGCCGGAGAUUUCUCCUCAGCCUUCUGUGGCACAGGCACCUGUGACGGUUUCUAGUGUGUCCUCGCCCCCGCCAAUUGAACUGAGGCAGCAGUUGAAGGCUUCCAGACCACUAAGGUCAGAGGCUGAAAAGGAACGACGGGUUAGCAGUCGCUGGUCUUUGCAGUCUCAGAGUUACAUUAGGAAUUCUCAAGAUGAUCAAACGGACUCUAAUGACUCGCAUGAUCAGAAGAUUAACCGCGACUCGGUUGGUACUACUGACAGUACUGCUUCCGAAGAAGAUCUUCCACCGCCUUUGCCGAUGAAAAUGCGCGAGACUGACUAUUGCAGUUUUUCUUCGCAAAUCAGCACAGACUAUUACACCAGCAGUGCCAAUAUUAAGUCUAUUAUUAGCGAAAGUUUGGAUAUUAAAUUAAUGUCGGCGUCAAUUGAUGAUAGUUUUGAUAAUUUAAGUAAACCACCGACUCCACCUCCUAAGCCUAAAGUCAAUCGGGCUUUAUUGAAUAGUAAUUCGCUGAGGAAAAAUUCUUUUCAUAAUGUUUCAAUGCCUACUGACUGACAUUUUAAAAUUACGUUUAAGUAUUUUUAUUGUAGGAUGAUUCGAUUUGUUGGCAAGAUAAAAAGUAUUAGCUUGAGUCAGAACAAAAUUUUUUAUUA